ACGUCGCUUUUCCUUUCACUCCCGUUCCAAGUCCUUCCCCUUCCCAAAUUCCCUCCGCCUCCUUUCCCCCAUCGUCUCUCAUUUCGUUUUCUCCUCUUCACUCUUUCUUCCCCGAAAUCUUCUUCACUCUUAAACCAUGAAUAUCUUCAGGUUCGCCGGCGAUAUGACCCACUUGAUCAGUGUUUUAGUUCUUCUCCUCAAAAUCUACGCUACCAAAUCAUGCUCCGGAAUUUCACUCAAGACUCAGGAGUUGUAUGCCCUUGUCUUUCUGACCCGGUAUUUGGAUCUUUUAACGGACUUCAUAUCUAUCUAUAAUACUGUGAUGAAGCUGAUUUUUAUAGCAAGCUCUCUAGCAAUUGUUUGGUGCAUGCGGGUGCAUCCAAUCGUGAGGCGGUCGUAUGAUAAAGAUCUUGACACUUUUCGUCAUUAUUUUCUUGUUGCUGCAAGUUUCAUUCUCGCACUUUUAGUGAAUGAGAAGUUUGGGUUUCAAGAGGUCUUUUGGGCGUUUUCAAUAUACUUGGAGGCUGUAGCAAUUCUUCCUCAAUUAGUUUUAUUGCAACGAAGUGGGAAUGUGGACAAUUUAACCGGCCAUUACAUCUUCUUUCUUGGAGCCUAUCGUGCACUCUACAUCCUCAACUGGAUCUACCGAUAUUUCAUGGAAACGCACUUCAGUCGGUGGAUAGCUUGCAUUGCUGGGCUGGUUCAGACGGCUUUAUAUGCUGAUUUCUUUUACUACUACUACAUUAGCUGGAAAAACAAGGCGAAGCUUCAGUUGCCAGCUUGAUUAAAGCUGGGACCAGUUUUUGACUUUAUGGAGCUUGAGAUCCAAUUACGUUUCUACACCAUGGCAGGUAGCUUGGCUUGGAAGUGGGGAUAGAACACCUAACUUCAACCAUCACAACUUCCUUCAUAUCCGGGUAGGGUACCUUUUAACUGCCAAAAUGCAGGUGGGUUCUUGAUGGAAACUGACAUUUCAUAGGGACUUUUUGAUUAACCCUGUUCAAAGGUAAUUAUAGUUUCUGGCGUUAGGUUUCUUUUCUUCAUUUCUAACUUGUAAAGAUAUCCUUUGGGACUUGGUGGAACUGACAUCAAGGUUAUAUUAGCUGAUGCAGUCUUCCAUUCUGUAGUGUCUAAAGUUUAUUGCCGAGGGAAUCACUUUCACAUUGUUACUGAGAGAACAAAUUUAAAGUUGUUUUUCGUUGAACUACCAAUAGAUAAUGAUGCCAAUUCCAUUUA